UUUGGAGUGUAUCAUUUGGGUAGACAAUGAAUGUAUAUAAAUAGACAACGGAACAAGUAGUCUGUUAAAUCACAGUAUCGCCUGUACGCGGGUUGACAAUGAGGUAUAGCAGCGCUUGGUCUCCAGUUUAUUGCCUAUUUACUUAUGGAGGAAUGGAAAAUUGUUUUGUGUGCUGUAUUGCUUGGUAUCACUCUACUUGUAGUCACAUUGCUCUGCAUAUGUACGAAGCGAAAAUCCGAGCAACAAAGGUUAGAGCAGCGAGAUUUAGAGCAAGGAAGAUCAGAGCAAGAAAGAUUAGAGCAAGAAAGAUUAGAGCAUCAAAGAUUUGAGCAGAGGCGACCUCUGCAGCAAGUAUUACCACAACAGCAAGCGCUAUGGGAACAGCAAAGGAUAAACCAAGAGUAUCAGAUAUGCUCGGAACAGCAAAAUUUGAAGCAGCAAAGACAACAGCAACAACUGCAAAGAUUAGAACAGCAGAGAUUGGAACAGCAGAGAUUAGAACAACAAAGGUUACAAAAGCAGAGACUAGAACAGCAGAGAUUAGACCAACAGAAACUUGAAAAGCAGAGAUUAGAACAACAAAGGUUACAAAAGCAGAGAUUGGAACAACAGAGAUUAGAUCAACAGAAAUUAGAACAGCAGCGAUUAGAACAGGAAAGAUUACAACAGCAGAGAUUAAAACAGCAGCAGAUAUUAGAACAGCAAAGCUUUCAACAGCAAAGAAAAGAGCAGGAGAGAUUCAAACAUCCACGCUUUCAGCAACGACGGUUAAUUCCAGACACAAUUCUUAAUGAAAAUAAAGAAAGACAAACAUUCGAUGAAUAUGAAUUCUGGGAAGAGAACGAGGUCGACGAAUACGAAUCAGAAGAUGAAAGAGAAAAAGAAAAUGUCUCUGGAGAGAUAGAGCUUAAAGCUGAAAGAAGAGAAAGGUCGAGAUAUAGGUCAAGGCAAAGAAAUCGGAGAUCUAGAAGUCGUUCUAGGCAUAGAAAUGACCCUACUAAAACAUUGGAUCUACAUAACUUAUCAGUGUCCGACGCCACAAAGCAGUUUCUUGAAUUUCUGGAGGCGAUGGAACACGAAUACUACUGUAGUAAUUACAGAAGAUUCAACAGAUUUAUCCAUAUAAUAACUGGAAGAGGACUUCACAGUGAAAACAAUAUUCCGAGAAUAAAGCCAGCCGUAGAGAAAUACUUGAGAGAGAACGGAUAUCAAUAUGAAUGGAAGAACAGCGGCGGAAUGGUCACUAUUGAUCUGUUCAAAACACUGUGUCCAGAGAUACAGUAAACUGCAGACACUCAUUCUUGGAAUCUAGUCAGAAGCAAAGUGAUAGUCGUCCGCGUUUCCUGAUAUUGCUUCAUGAUGUCAAGUUAAGGUGCCUCAGGGCUACUAAUAAUUUAAAGAACUUUUUUCUUAUGGCGGUAGUUGGCAGCUAACUGAGCUAAGUGUCCACAGAAUGGCCUCCAUGUAGCAGGCUGAGCCAAAGAUGGCUUCUAAAAUUCUUAGGUUUUAGGUUUAGAAUUUUUGCAUCGACAGUCUUUGUGAUUUGCUUUGAAAGUCGGAAUGAUAAAAGAUUUUUAUCACGUAUAAAACAGUUGUAUCAGAUGGUAAGGUGAAAAAGAGAGAGAGAGAGAGAGAGAGGAAGAAGAAACAGCGAUGAGAGAGACAGAGAGAGAGAGACAGAAAAUGGAUUGGUAGACAGUGAAAAUGAAACAGAAUCUCCAGCGGACUUUCAAGUUUACAUGUACACUGCACCUGCUAAGGAAGAAUGAAAGCUGUCUAAGUGCCUAGUCUCAUCAAUCUAUUCCUUUAACACGGAUGUUGCCUUCUCUAGUAGCGACCCUUUCACGCUUAGCUGCAGUAUACUGUAUGAAUGCGAAUGACUCACUCGAGGGGCUCGGCUUCCGGCCUCGCCACGGCAGGUGUAAUGGCUGAUGGAACGUGACCACGCAUAAUGGAUGUUAUUACAUAAUCAUAAAGUUGAUUCUUAAAAUAAAAAGGGGGGGGGGAGGGCUUUGAACAGAGUGUUGAUAAAUAGUCACUCUCUCAUUCCAAGAAUCUGGAAGGGGCUCUUUCCCUUUGGUCAAGCUUGCACGUCGCCUGGCAUAGACUUCCAAGGGUACUGUCGCCAGUACUGUAAAACUAAACACUGCCUCAUAGACUUCCAAGGGUACUGUCGCCAGUACUGUAAAACUAAACACUGCCUCAUAGACUUCCAAGGGUACUGUCGCCAGUACUGUAAAACUAAUAUAUAGAUGUUGUUUUUAAAGUAGGCAUAAUCUUCUUUUGUGCGAUAUGUAAUCCUUACUUGAAAAAAAAAAUGUUUUCAGUCAAUCAUUAAACACCACCAAACAUGUAAGUCAGUGGUAUCAUUGACUUUUGUUUAAAAACUGAAGAGAAAAUGGAAGAAAAAAAUAACAACAAUGGAUUAUUAUUUCAUUUUACUUGGACGGGCGUGUAAAUGUAAAAGUUUUAUUAAAAGUAAAUAGAAUUGAACAUUUUCAUACACAGCGAAACAAAUAUAAAUUUAGUUCGUUUUUUGGUGUAUCAGGUGU